AUGUUUCGAUUCUUUACAUCUGAAUCACGGGGAAGUGAGAAGACGCCGCAGGCACCACAGCAGAUUGCAGAAUUAAUAAAGCCAUUGCAGCCGCGCUCGUUGCCAAAAACAACGACGAUAGCAUCACCCAGCACGCAGCCUCCCAAGAGGAGGCGGCUAAGCAUCGAUGGCCCUGAUGGACCUUCAGAUAUAUAUGCGCCCGCCAAGCGCAUAAAAACUGAAGCACCUGUCGGUAUCGAUACUCUUGCGACAUGCGACGCCAUGGCUCACUCAAGUCCUGCGGUUUCUAGUUUGGAAAAUGCUCGUGAUGAGAUCCGCCACCAGUUUGGUCUUGAGAUUUUACUAAAGCAUGAUGAGCUUCGCCUCAUCAACCAGGAACUCGCAAAGUGUCAGGUUGCUCUGGAGCAAUUACGACGCUGUCACCUCAUUCCUUAUCCUCUGAAUUGCCCAACCCCUGAACAGAUGCUGAAUGUUAGCGCUGGCAAGGGUCCAGCCGUGCAGUCACGUCCAGGCGAAUCUGUACCCAGAUGGGCGCCUCCAUUCGGCGUCGUUGAUGGUCCUUAUGCCAGACAUUAUGCCAAGUGGCUGAUUCCCGACCCUUCGUUUGAUGGCCAGCAACCUGAGUGGCAAUUCACUCCAGAGGCUUCACGCGCAAGAAUGUCACAUGCUGAGGGACGAACGACAAGAAACAGUUUUGCUGAACCAACGGGCGCACUAAAAGGUCGCUCGGCUCGUGGAGCUACCAGUCAGAAGCUACACUCUUUGUCAAACGGCUAUCCCCAGCCAAAAGACAAGGCUGGUCCGUGUGUGCUGAAGCGUGCUGACGGGCAGACAGUCAAGUUAGUCUGUCUCGAUUGCCACCGUGAUAACUUCUCGAGCACUCAGGGAUUCAUCAACCACUGCCGAAUCGCUCACAAGCGCGACUUCAAGAGCCACGAGGAAGCAGCCGUGCAUAGUGGACACCCUAUUGAAGUGGUGGAGGGCGGAGGAGUUGAAGAGAAGUCAGCCGCACCCUCCGUACAAACUCAAACAGCUGCAUUUGUGCAUCCCUUUGCCCGCCCUGACAUCACUGAACAGCAGGCAUAUGUCGCUCUCAGGUCAAGAAUCUCUGAUUCUUUAAGGCUCUAUUACGAAGGCAAGCUACCCGGUAUAACACGCAUUCCUUCGUCGUCCGACAAGGACCAGCAGCGUGGGGCCCAAACGGUAGUUUCGGCAGACGAAGCUCCAGGCCUGCCCCAUCUAUCACGUCUAUUGCAAAGUCGGAAGUUCGACGGUAAUCUGCGUGAACUAGUUGCAGAUGCUACGACAAGGUCACCUUUGGAAGAUAUGACUUCCGGUGAAGAGUCCGAACUUGCUGAAACACCCUCUGAGGUCAGUGAUGUGAAGGGCUCUUCUGCCGUACGAACACCUAUCGUAAUGCGCGUGCCUGCGAAGGCCACCAAUUCUCCAUCCGUCAUGGAUACAGCCCGUUCGGCCAGUAGCAAAGGCCGUGCUCCUGUUGCUUUCAAGACGCCUUCGGGUUCCGCACCUCACGGCACAACUAUCGUCCUUUCGGAUGAAGAUCUCGACAUGGAGGAUGCUGACAUGAGUCCCAACACGAUGGUCAGCAACAAUGCACCCUCUCUGGUCAGUGACGAUGGAGAGUACGACGACACUGAUGACGGCUCCUCGGUUUCUGGCGCCAGUGAUACUCUUGAGACAGAGUCAGUAUCAGAUGUGGCGGAAAUCACGCUAGACGAUGACCAAGACCCACGUUCACUGCGCCGAGAAUCAAGUGGUGUGUCGGGCGCUGUGAGGCUCCGCAAGGAUGACCCUAAACACAUCACUCUGAUGACGCCUGUUAAGAACAAUGCCAGAGAACGACGGCCACGCAAGGUCUAA